GAACUCGAAUCUCGUACCCCUAUUUCAUCUAUUUUCCGAAGAAUCUGAUCUCGUAUGUCAUGGCAACAAGACAUUUCCAAAGUCAGCUGUGACUACUCAGAGAUGUUCGUGUAAUGGGCGACUGUACCACGACAGGUACUCCAGGAAUUCGAGUAAAAGACUUCUUGAUUGAAUAUAUCGGCCUUAUAUAAAUACAGCAUUCUUUUUCUUCGCAAAGUUCCGCAAGGGGGAAGGUUUGGGGCACCACAAGACAUAUGUGCCAAACUCACCAUGUUUUACGCUCAGACAAAUAGAAUUUGCGGUGCAGCUUACACGCAGAUCAAAUGUUUGGUCAUUAAUUCUGACAUGUAGGUCAUUCGAAAGAACUUUACAAGAAAAUUGGUCUUGGAGGCCUUUGCCAACUUAUCGGCGCAGAAGCUGUGUCCAUAAUUGGCGGAUCGCUCGGAAAACCACUCGAAGUUUCAAUGGUUUCCAUUUCAUCCCAGAAUUAGUCUCUCGCGGUCACUCCCGUCAUGAUUGGCUUUCAUCUCGCAGCUGCUCUGUACCUAUGGCGGGUGAAGAAAUCCAUAUCUACAUGCAUGACCUUUCGGAUAGCCUUCCGACAGCCAGGAUUGAAGGACUGGCAUUCUGUUUUAGAUAUACCUUCUUGGAGGUUUGUGAUCCUUUGUGAUCUCAGAUCUUUCCAUGCACAAUUACAUUUCUAUGAUUGGUAUGUUCCUCGCUCUUAUCUAUGAUGCCAUGAUCAAUACGAACAAAUGUCUGUCCCGACUGUGAUAUCUGGAGGAAUGCUAAGCAGCAAUUACGUUGAGAGCUGGAAUGUAUAGCACGGGAUAUUGCUUUGCCGUCUUUGAGCGGCCAAGGUAAUUGAUUGUUGGUCGAUACAAUCUUGGGAAUUCUUAACUUUCUUUCUUUCUUUGGGACCUGAGUUUGGAAAGCGUCUGUUCCCUGAUUGUUUUCCAAGACGAGAAAAUUUCGUAUCGGCCAAGGGGCACGGCAAGAAAAUCUCGCUAUGCGAUCCUUCAGCAAUUAAGACGUUAUAUCAUUCAGAUACCGGCUCAUGAUCGCAUCAC